UGAAGUCUGGUCACACUUCUGCCGGGUGUUUAUGUUUUUGGAAAAUAAAUAUAAGAUGUUUUCCACCGUAAAUAAUUAUUUGUCCGGUGUUUUACACGCUGUUGAGGAUUACGAUGGCGAAGCCCUUGGUACGUACCUCUCCCUGCGGGAUGUCCAUGUACAGAACCACAAUCUGUACAUCGCCCAGCCAGAGAAGCUGGUGGAGCGAUUUUUAAAGCCUCCGCUUGAUGAAGUGGUAACCGCUCACAUGAAAGUCCUAUACCACUUGGCCCAGGACCCACCCGACUACAUGGAGGCCUAUAACCAACAGGCAGCGGCAUGUGGAGCUGUGGUGCGUCUGCUCCAGCAACUGAAAGACGAGAACUGGUGCUUGCCACUGAUGUACCGCGUGUGUUUGGAUCUGAGGUACUUGGCGCAGGCAUGCGAGAAACACUGCCGAGGAUUCACCCCGGGAAAUAUCCUGGAAAAGGCAGCCGACUGUAUGAUGGCCUGUUUCCGGGUGUGUGCAGCUGACGGAAGAGCUUCCGAGGAGGACACAAAGCGACUGGGAAUGAUGAAUCUGAUCAAUCAGCUCUUUAAGAUCUACUUUCGCAUCAACAAACUGCAUCUUUGCAAGCCCCUGAUCCGGGCCAUCGAAAACUGCAACUUUAGGGAUUCCUUUCCUUUGCCAGAGCAGAUCACCUACAAAUACUUUGUGGGCCGGCGGGCCAUGUUUGAUUCUAAUUACCAGGCAGCUGUAGAGGAUCUAUCGUAUGCUUUUACCCACUGUCCGGACCGUUUUGCGAGCAACAAACGGCUCAUACUUAUCUACCUGGUGCCGGUAAAGAUGCUGCUGGGAUAUCUUCCAACGAAAUCCCUCCUCCAGCGGUAUGAUCUCUUGCUGUUUCAUGACCUGGCACAGGCACUGAAGGCGGGAAAUGUGAAGCGGUUCGACGAGAUUGUCAGGGAACAAGAACUGGUGCUGAUUCGCAGCGGCAUAUAUCUCCUGGUGGAGAAGCUGAAGUUCAUCGUCUACAGGAACCUGUUCAAGAAAGUAUUCGCUAUCCGACAGACACAUCAAUUGGACAUGGGUGACUUCCUUUCCGCUUUGCAGUUUGUAGGUGUAACAGAUGUAUCGCUCGACGAGACCCACUGCAUCAUCGCCAAUCUCAUCUACGAGGGAAAGAUUAAAGGCUACAUCUCACAUAUCCACAACAAACUGGUAGUGUCAAAGCAGAUCCCAUUCCCUCCUCUAUUAUCCACAUAGUGCAUUUAUUGUUACUUUUAAUAAUAAAACAGAAACAAGAAAAUUAAA